CGCGCCAUCCUCAUUUGGAAAUCUGCGUCUUGAGGGAAAGUUCAACAUUUUUACUGUCGACAUGCCAGGGAUAAAUUUGAACAGUUUUUGCCAAUUUGGUUUCUUUACCUAUCUUUUAAUAUUCUCUUACAUUUCUGUAACAUCUUCGGUAAGUUUUGAUUUAACUGAGCUAAGAAAUAAAGUUGCGAAAAUUAAAGUCAAUCCGAGAGGGAAUCUAUGGGCAACAGGUCAUUUUAUGGGCAAGAAGAGUGUGAUGGAUAACCCAAUGCUGCCGUCACCUAACGGACAAGGCGUUGAUGCACUGGAGGUGUCCAUGAGUCCCGAGCGGAACGGGCUUGGGGACCUUUUUCAGGAGGUUCUUAGAGUGGCGUUGCAAGCCCAGGUAGACACAGAAGAAAGUCGCUCGAAAAAUCAGGAGACCGGAUUGUUGAUGAAGAUUUUAGAGAGCUACAUUUAAAACAGCAGAAAGUGACACAGGAGCUUCUCGUGUAGCCUACCUGCAUGCAUGGACCUGGCUGAAGUCAUCCGGUCAGACUCUCACUUAUGGGUUGGCCAAUAUACAAAGACGUUCAUCGAUAUCAAAUGCUUAAAUCAUGAUUGUAUAGUUCUAAUGUAAGUUCUAAUAAGUUUACAGUUCAUGAACAUGCCAUCUGCAAUAUAAAUGGUCACAAAAGGAGAUAUAUAUGUAUAUUUAUUUUGCUGUGCUGCAUUGUACUGUUGUUUAAAGAAAAUAUUUAUACUCAAUAAAACUAAUUAUUUGCAGUCUGUGA